UAGGACCCCUGGCUCCUUCUCCUUCUUCUUCUCUCCAUGUUCUCUUCCCAGAGGCUUGAUUAAGCCAUCGGUCGGUCGGUCGGUCGGUCGGUCGGUCUUUUCUCCGUGACUAUUGUUGUUAUUGUUGUCGGUAGGCAGACAAGACCACACACACGCAUCUGGGAUGAUCAACCGAGAGUCGACCUCCCAAUUGCCGUUCCUCCCUUUUAGUCCGUUUUCUCUUGCUCGGACGCGGAAACCAGGAUCAACGGAGCCGCCUCGACCCGAGAACGGGCUGGCCGUCGACGCGGAUGACGACGAUGACGGAGGCGCGUUUCUCAAAUCCACGCACCUACCUACCACCCAAGUCCCAUCACACAACGCUACCUACCUACCAACCUUCCUAACCAACAACCCACCCACCCACCCACCCACCAAUCAUCCCCUGGAGCAGUCUCAACUUGCCGUUGGCGUUGGUUUUUCAACUUCGACUCAAGAGAUCAGUUUGAGUUCAGUACUGCGUGAUUGCGGUUCCCCGAUUCUCUGUCUCUGAACAGUCAGUCGUGUUGCGGUCAUUUUAGACGAUGGUGACUUUGGCGAAACCGCGAGUGUCGUGAAUUUGAGCAGGUUUAGGGAGAAAAAUUCCAAUGGUUCUCUUCUAAAACACGUCGGUUACGACUCCGUAUCGAUUGUGUUUAGUCUGCGAGAGAUUCACUUCUCGCCCCAUGAACAAAACGAAAAUGGAAUAUCUGUCGUGGUUAGUGAUUUUGUGCCUUUUGAAGACUUGUUCAGCCAUUCAGGGCUGGGUUGAGCAACCUGAAUAUCAAGAAGUCAACCCUCAAGGGAGCUUUGUUUUACCUUGUGUCAUCAGUGAGAAGCGAGGCCAAUGUCGUUGGGAAAAGGAUGGAGCUCCGGUGGGACUUCAAGAUAGCAAGUACGAAUGGGCUGGAAACCCGGACACGGGAGACUGCUCCCUCAGGGUCCUGGCGGCAGAACUCCAAUAUGAUGAUGGGGUUUGGCAAUGCCAAGUGACACCGAGCAGCUUCCAGAACAAGGAUGCUCUCACCAGUGAAGGAGCCCAAAUAGUGAUACGAGAACCUCCGACCGAGAUUCAUAUUCAACGGAUUGGCGACGAGGGUGCUGAAGUGAUAGCCUCAGCGGGCGAAGAGCUGGAGCUCGAAUGCAUUGUGAGUGGAGGCAAUCCUCCGGCACAGAUCCACUGGUUUGCUCACAACAAGGAGAUUCUAUCUGGGCACACACAAGAAAAUAGCCGCAUCUCGCCCGAAGCUCGGACUUGGAUUUCGGUGUCAAGAUUGACACUCCCGGUUAGCAAGAGCGACAAUGGGGCCAUUAUCAAAUGCUUGGCUGAACAUCCGACCUUGGAGGCCUCCCUGGCCGCACAAACUGCCAUUACCAUCCAUUAUCCUCCGAGUGUAUCGAUUGAGACAUCAUCCUUGAGCAACCUGGAGGAUGAAAAAGAUCCGGCCACACUCCGAUGCACCGCUGAUUCUAAUCCACCGGCCACCGUCCUUUGGCGUAAGGAAGGCCUCAAUGGUAUCUUCAGCCCCGAUGAUGAGAUCAAUUUCAGUCCGGUUACUCGCCAUACGGCAGGUUUAUACAGCUGCAGUGCCAAGAAUGCUUUGGGACUCAGUGAACCCGCUUUCGUUCAAUUGGAUGUGAAAUAUUCACCUUCUAUCUUGUCCGUGGGUCCCUCGCACAUUGUGGCGGCCCAAAAGAACAAACAGGCCGUGUUGAGUUGUGAGGCCGAAGGAAAUCCUGCCCCUCGCUACCAAUGGCUGCAGAAGCUUCCCACCCAAGAGGUCUUCAUUCGAGGAUCACAGAAAACGCUGGUCAUUGAUAAUGUGACCUACAACCAUCAAGGCGAAUUCGUGUGCAAGGCCAUGAACACCAUCAAUGGUGAGGAAAGAUCCGUCCAGUCGGAGCCGAUUCGAGUGGAAGUCAGUGGAGCGCCUCAAGUGAUGAAAUAUGAGGCCCAACAUGAAGUGCGAGUUCAAAACGGUGAAGAUGCCACUUUGGAAGUGCUCUUUUGUGCGGAUCCUCCGCCCAAGCAAGCUUGGCAUCUCGGUGACCUCGGUUCCGGUUCUGGCAGCAACAUCAUUUUAGCUGCUGGCACGGGUCAUGGACGCUUUAUCGCCGAGAGUGCUCGAAAGUCGGAUCGGGAGGAUUGCUACAUUUCAGUGUUGAGAAUUAAUGGCGCUCACCCAACAGACAGUCAUACCUAUCAGCUCAAGUUGUCGAACAACCACGGGAACGACAGCCACAUUAUUCAUCUCAUUGUCAGAGAUCACGUUUCUCAGGAAUCGUUGAUAGCCGUCAUCGUUGGCGCCACCUUGACCAUUUUGCUCUUCCUCCUCAUUUGCAUCUAUUGCUGCAAAAGCGGGAAAAAUGCCUGUUGCAGAUCUUCAGACAAUAGCACCACCAAAAAAGAUUUCAAGCCGACGGAUAUCGAAAGUGAAAGGACAGACGUAGAAUCUACGCACAGUAGCAAUCUGAGUGGAUUUCCCGAGAAGUCCUCGGUCAUCCCCCCCGACGCACUCUACAGCUCGUCCAAUGAGAAAUUAAACCCCCAUAAGCAAUAUAUUCAUGACUCGUUGUUCAACGACUCCAAGGAGAGCUUGCGAGCGGAUAUGAUGAAUAUCACCAACCUAAAUCGAACCCAAAGUUCUAGUGGCGAUUUGAACACGUCAAACGCCACGCACCCGGGUCGGAUUAGCUACAAUGACUUGUGCUUUCCGAAGACCAGUAAUUAUGGCUCGAUGAAGAAGAAAAAGCAUCACUACAAUGCCACUACCCAGCAUGUGGGUGUGGAUUGCCGAUUGAACCCACCUAAUGCCACCUUGUACUACAAUUAACCCUACCGAUCCGAUUCCUGGCACUCGGUGGACCUACAAAAGGCCAAUUGGACACCUCAAGUCAGUCAAUCAAGUGCUCAAUCAGGACUCUCCCUACGUACUUGAAUGAAAGCCCAGUGAAGGGCACAACUUGUUCUAGUCGCCUCACUCAAGUGGGCCUUCAAACGAGAAGGAAAGAAAACGAGGAGCAGAGGCGCGUACACGUACAAUGGCACAAUGGCACAAUGGCACAAGUGACACACACGGAGAGACUAACUACGAUAUUGCAAGACUUGAUCCUUCAAUAGUUACACCGCCAAGUCUCAUGAAGAGGCGCUCGUUGUCUCUUUCUGAAUUAAGAGAAGCCCAUUCGACGAAAUUGAAAAGAGGAAGACGACAUAACCGUACAGGACAUAGUGCACCACCUUUUGAAGGACGAUAUACUACGUGUUCAUACUACAAUGGCCUGUCUGCUUGUGCCUCCAUUUCAUGCUAAUGUGAGAUAUGAAUAUAAAGUACUUGUCAGGCCGGCUAGAGCAUGUGGGCGUUUCCUCCAGUUUUCAGAGGCUGGAGGUCCUUCAUCUGGGUGCUCAAUUCCAACGCGAUUGCGCGCCCGGUGGCUAUUACGGACUGUAUUUUAGUUUCCCAGAGUUGCUUACGUGACAUUCCACACGCAGAAACUCUGUUCGUGUCGUGCAAGAUGCUGCGAAUCCUCACACAAAUAAGUACUACCCCUUACGCAGAUCAGCCCAUUGAAUCUGAUCAUCCCAUCAUCGCAUCAUCGCAAUCCCCUGUCCGACCCUCGCCUCCUAACGAGGUCCGCAUAUCACGUCAAGAUUCAUUCAGAUCUCAUCUCUUUUUCCUACUAUCAUGCUUGUAUGUGCUGUACGUAUCUAUCCAUCGGCCUGGUUUUAUCCUCAUUACUCUCACUUGUCCGUCAUCAACGUUACCAGAGAGGAUCUCAAUCAAACCAUUGUGGGUCGUGGAGCAUUGUCAUUUUGUCAAAUUGGAGCCUGUUCCAGUGAAAUCUUAUCUAAAACUUUCCGAGUGUUUGGUUGACUGGACAGGAAACACGAAAGCGAGCUUAAAAUGGCGACAACACAACCGCACCCUCGUUCUCAGUACCUCAGUUUGUAACCAAAUUCUCUCAGCAAUAUGAUCUACUACUACCUGCAGUUACGGUAUACAACAACAACAGCCUAUUUCACUCAUCUUCUCCCAUCGGUCUGGUUUGCCCCUUUUGGUGCAUACCUACUAGUAGACACUCCAUCCGAUUAUCCAAUUAAGUUCAAUCUGAUUAUAGCCAAAGACAUAUUCCUCCAUCGGUAAUCGAACGAAUAAACAAUCAUGUUCAAACCUCGAUGUUUACUUAGCAUUCA